CUUUGUAACAAGCGUGGUUCGGGUUUUUAACAGCGAUAGUUUCUUAAUUUUCGUGUGAAAAACGCAGUUGUAAUUGGAUAAACUGCAUUAGAAAAUUGCAAACAUAUGCAAUACGCUCAAAAUGGCGUUUAAGGCAAAGCCUAUGCUGGACAAAUUAACGUGAAAAUUGUGAAUUUCCCAAGCAUCCAAUACAACUCGAGAAUUACUAAGGACAGUGUGCAAAAGUGAUAGAACAGAAUCACAUACACACACACAUAAACAUACGCAUGUAGCCAGCCACACAAGAAAAUAGCCAGCCACAUAGAAAAAACGAGCAACACAACGCCACCCGCCGCCACAAGUAAUCGAAUACCUUUGGACGGCAAAACUGACACUUUAUUGCAGCAUUGACAUUUGCUUUGGCUGUCAAUUCAAAGUGAUUGCUUUGCAAAAGUCGUGGAAAAGUGCUGCCGAAAUUUCUGUGGAAGAAAAAAAAACUUAAGCAAAAAACAAGUGUGUGUGAAGUAAACAAAAGGCAAGGACAGGCGACAUCUACAACAGAGAGUGCAUGAAAGCAAUUUCAUUGAAGAAUAGAAAAGAAAAUUACGGAGGAACGCAAAAAAAAAAAAAACGUAAGGAUUAAUGCGAUUUUGGUUGCUUAAGUUCUUGUGCUGUGUCGUCUAUGCAGUUGAAUAAGUAAUUAGCAAAUUAUAUUGUACUUGUUGUUAUUGUCAAAAGCAAGUGAAUUAUUAAUAAUGAUUUUUAUAAUACCUCCCACCCUGUUAUUGCCUUUCUCAUUCCAAUCAUCAAUGAUGCUCUGAUUGAGCAAACAUGUUUUACAAGGAUUUUGCAAUAAUUUGUUCUUUUCUUUAAAAACUAUGCCGUUCACUUAACUCAUCCAUUUGUUUUGCUUCCCCAACAAUUAUCUCCUAGUCGUUCGUUGCAUUAGUCAGUGGAUUGCUUUCCCCGAUCAUCUCUGGAUAACCUGGAUUAUUAAAAGACUACAAGUGAUUGCCUUAAACAACAACAAGUCAUUUCUUCACAUUUUGUAUUCCACCGAAACGACUACGGAGUGUCUAAAAACAACAGCAAAAAUUUGUCCAUUUUUGGUCAGCAAAUUUUUUUCAAAAACAAACACACAUAAAUAAAUGAUAGCGAUAGGCAGCUUGGAGCAGAGAAGAAAGUGAAAAAAGAAUAACUAUGAAAAAGUUGUUGUAGCAUCAAUCAUAUCAUUGGCAUUCCAUAUUUUCGAAUAAUUUCCAAUUUAAAAAAAUUGCAACGACUAUAACGUGGAUAGCUCACUCCAGCACUUGUCGCUCAUUGCCCAAACUUUCUAGUAAAACUACAGUGGAGAAGGAAAAACUGUUGAUUUUCGAAAGAAGAAGAACCGCCUAGAACCCCCCUAUAAAAAGUUAUCACUUUGCAAGUCUUUGGCAUAGGUGGUGUUGUUGUGUGGCGCGUCAAUUUUUGACUGUUUUUGGGGGUAGGUGGGCUGAGAGAAAAUAUUUUGAAUGGAUCCUUUUGUUGGUUGGUUUCAAGAGGAACAGGAGGGUCCAGCCUUACGCACAUGGUGUAAAAUUUGGGAAACCAAUGCGCAUGAAAUGACCCAAUUGCUGGAACAGCAAAAUCAACAAUUACAACUACAACAAUUACAAGGAGGAGGCAACAAAUUCAAUAACGGUGCCAAUUUAACGGCACGAGAGCGUGAUUCCAUACAGCUAUUGCUGCAUGGUAUGCGUAAUAAUCACAACAACAAUAACAACAACAGCAGCAACAACAAUAGUAAUAACGGCAACAAUUCCAGCGGCAACAAUUCCAGCGGCAACAAUUCGAGCAACAGUUCCAGCGAUUCAAGCAGCAACAAUACCAAUAACGAGACAUCAUCCACACCUGCCACAACACCUGGUGGAGGAGGAGGAGGAGGAGACGGCGGCGUAAGUAAUACAAAUUCCACAAAUAUAACCGGAGGCGGCGGCGGCGGCGGCGGUGGUAAGAUGCCCUCACAUGAACGUCCCAACUAUUAUAAUCUACCACGUAGGAAAUUUGGCCGCAUUGUGGAUAAUAAGGCGAGUACAUACAAUCUAAACAAGCACAUGGAUAAAUUGAUAUCGAAAUACAAGGGAUGUCCGUGGCGUGUGCCGGACUUUAAUUAUGGCCGCGGUGUUCUGGGACUGCAUCAGGAGAUUGAACAGUUUUAUAAGUAUGUACUGCCUACACCCACCGAACAUGCCAUACGCCUGCAGGUGGUACAUCGCAUCGAAAGUGUGGUCCGUGCAAUAUGGCCCUCGGCGAUAGUUGAAAUAUUUGGUUCCUUCCGUACUGGUCUAUUCCUGCCUACCUCUGAUAUUGAUCUUGUGGUGUUGGGUCUCUGGGAUAAAAUGCCUUUGAGGACUUUAGAAACAGAGCUCAUUGCCCGCGGUAUUGCCGAGCCGCAUUCGGUUCGUGUACUCGAUAAAGCCUCAGUGCCCAUUAUUAAGCUAACGGAUCGUGAGUCCCAGGUAAAAGUGGACAUCUCGUUCAACAUGCAAUCGGGUGUGCAAUCCGCUGAACUCAUAAAAAAAUACAAACAGGAAUUCCCGCUUUUGGAGAAAUUGGUGCUAGUUUUGAAGCAGUUUUUGCUACAGCGUGAUCUCAAUGAAGUUUUUACCGGUGGUAUUUCUUCCUAUUCAUUGAUACUUAUGUGCAUUAGUUUCCUUCAAUUGCAUCCGCGACAAAUACAUCCCGAGACUGAUAAUUUGGGCGUUCUGCUGCUGGAAUAUUUCGAGCUGUAUGGGCGUAAAUUUAAUUACAUGAAAAUAGGUAUCUCCGUUAAGAAUGGUGGUCGCUAUAUACCCAAAGAAGAAUUACAACGUGAUAUGGUUGAUGGCCAUAGACCUUCGCUGCUGUGCAUUGAGGAUCCUCUAACGCCGGGCAAUGAUAUUGGCCGGAGUUCGUAUGGGGCCUUGCAAGUUAAACAGGCAUUCGAAUAUGCCUAUUUGAUGCUCUCACAGGCUGUGAGUCCUUUGAAUACUUGGGCCAAUGACUGCAAUGAACGUUCAAUACUGGGGCGUAUCAUACGCAUAACCGAUGAUGUCAUCGACUAUCGCGAAUGGAUACGCGAUAAUUACGAGCAUCAUCUUUCGGCCCGGCAUUCACCUGUAUCAGCGCCCUUGGGCGUAACCGUAACCGGAACGCCGAGUGUGGUGGGGAAUACCACCAAAUAUAUGACAAUGCAACUAUUGCCUUCCACCAUGUUGCCAGCUGGUGCCUUAACUGGCCAACAGCAACAAAUAAUAAUACCACACCUCUAUCAUCAUACGCAGCAGCAGCAACAACAACAACAACAGCAGCAGCAGCAGCAGAAUCAUUUGGUAAGCAGUCGCUAUCGUCGAGGCAGCACUUCUUCCGGUGAUGAUUCGGAGGAUAGCAAAGAAUGUGAUGCUGAUUCCACGUCACCGGCGACGGUGACAAAUACCACCCAUAUCGUGGGAGUUGGUAGUGGUGGCGUUAUUGGGGGAACAGCUGGUACAAUGGCUACAUCCGCGAAUAUUCAUACGGCUGCCCGGUUGGAUACAUGAUGAAUAGUUGCCGGUUUGGUGCAGCAACAGCAACAACAGCAACAAAUGGUAGCAAUGCCGACCGGUGGAACCCAGUUCUCAGUGUCAGCGGCGACGACCAUGCUGAAACAGAUGCAGUUGCAGCAGCAAACCACGCAGCCUCUAACGCCACAAGCCACACACACAACUACUUUUAUAUCCGCCACAACAUCGCCCCCCUCAUCGUCAACCGCCACAUCACCCACAUUAGCUGUUAAGUCGUUUCAUGAGAUUGUUGCAUCUCCGAUUGUUAGUUCAACAUCAGAUGUAAAUAUUGUCGCAACCACAAAGUCUACAAAUCACCUGCAACAGUCACAACAACAGCUGCAGCAGCAACAACAACAGCACGCGCAGCAACAUAAGAAAAAUCUCCUAUCGCCUUCGCCCCCGCGACAUCAUCAGCCAUCGCAUCAACACCAGUCACAACCACAAUCCCAACAUCAACAGCAUCAGUCGCAACAGCAGCAGCAGUCGCAACAGCAACAGCAAUCAUCCAAGCAACAUUAUUAUCGUCAGCAAUUUUAUGUACCACCUCCAAUGCAACAACAGUAUCAACAACAAUACGCCACUUCUUCAAAUCCAAAAUAUGUUGCUGUCACCACCGCCACAACAACAACCGCUGCUGGCAACAGCAGCAGUAGCGGAGGCAGCAACAAUAAACCCCGCUAUUCAAAUCAACAGCAACGUUUACAGCAACAACAACAAGUCCGACAACAACGUAUGCAACAGAAUUCUUCAUCUUCCGCCACCACAUCGGCUUCGUCGACAUUGCCACGCAACAAUUCCAGUUCGUCAACACAAACACAUGGAAUUUUAACAUCGGCAUCAUCGACCAUCUCGAUUAUUUCCAUUUCAUCGGAAUCAUCAGUGUGUACCAUUUCGGAUUCUUCUUCCAACAAAUCAGGUUCCGAGUCGGAGUCACGUCCAUCAAAUUCGGCAUCGUCGUCGUCCGUGUCGGCGACGAAUGCUAAGACAGAAACCCAACAAUCUCGUAACUAUAACAAAAACAACAGCAACAAUGGUAACGGCAAGAAGAAGACGAGAAAGUCCAACAAAUCGAAUAAGUGGAAGUAAUUAAAAUUUUGCCACCCACAAUACCACCCGAAAAUAGCAACCAGAGAUUAUAAUUAGGAUGAUCUUUUUAAAAGAGGUAUCUUUAAACUAAGCGAACACAAAUACAGAUAAGAAAACAAAGCAUUUAGAAAACAACAAAAAAAACUAAUACAAAAACAGCAGAAUUGUACGAGAAACCGAAAACAUCACCCACUAUCUCUUAACUCUCUUUAUAUACUAUCCAUUUCGCCCUAAAUCUAUAACGGAGUGUAAACGAAUCUAGCAUACAACUAACUAUUGAUAGUAAUUCUCUCCUCUCCCUAGUAAAAUAAGCAAUAUCGUUAUUAGCUUCACUUGAAAACAAAAAAAAAAACAAAAAUCAAAAACUCCUAAAACUUAAAAAGUAAAUCCAAUUUCCCUCUUUUCCUUACGCCACUAGCCCACACCCUCUCAAUAACAAUUGAAGCAAUUAUACUCAUAGUCCAUUAUGCUCUUAGUAAAAGUCUGUCAAUCAUCAAACUCUGUCGCUCGGUAAAACAAAAUACUACAACAACAACAAAUCAUUGAUAGAUGCUAAAACUAAUUACACCUCAACACACCCACAGACACAUGUGCAUAUAUAUCCAACAUCUUAAAACAUACCAUAUUGACUAAGCAUGCAAGCCAGAACAGUAAGAAGAAUAAGCAACAACGAAAUUGUAGGCGAAAACAAAAACAUAACCGAAAUAGCUCUCAUUUCCUUAAUAUCAUCAUUAGUAUCGUCGUUUAGUAAAGCUAAUGGAAUAAAAACACAACAACAACAACUACAUACUACUUCUACAACUAGAAAAGAAAAGCAUACAAAAUAAAUAGGUAACGAAACAUAACACAUACAUAAACAUCGUCGUAAUAGCUGUCGUCGUAGGUAUACAAUUACAGAAAACGUAACGUAACGCAUGGCCAUGUAACGUAAAUGUACGGUAUUUGCAAUGUAACUUUGUGUGAGCACUUAUAAACAAAAAGAAAUUUAUAUACUUUCCAUACAUCCAUCCCCCUACCACUUCCUUAUGUACUUUGCAAACAUAUCCCUCACCGUUCUUCAUAGGCAACAAUUGACCGUUUAAUGUGUGUGUUUUCCUUAUAGCUUUAAAAAUUCUUAGUUUUGAUACUAAUUAAGGCGGCAAUAUUAUUUUUCGAUUUUAAAAGUUGAGUUAAUGUUAAGUUUGUCGAGCUCUUUGGUUUGGAUUUUUUUUUUCUCAUUGCAAAAUUGUCUUUGAUUUACUAGGAAAAAUAAAGAAAAUGAAAUUUUGCAAAAACAAUUUGGGUGAAUGUUGUAAGGCAAAGAUAUUUUUCUGCCUCAGAACUUUUUUUUAACAUUUAAAAAAUGUUUUUCGUAAUGCAAUCAAACAUUUUACUAUAUAUGCUUUUUAUAAAAUUAAUUUUUUCAUAAAAAUAAAUUAUAAAAAUAUAUUUUUUAUGA